GUGAGUGUCAGCUCCUCGCUCGGUAUAGGCGCAGUGUGUGUGCAGUGUGUGCAGCUCGGCUGGCCUCCCUCCGCACUGAAUGGACUAGAUUCCCGGCCACGUAAGAAGCACAGCGGUACCACGGGAGAGAGGAUGUCCUGCUGAAUCAAGGGAUAGGCCUGGGAAAGACGGCCGGCCAUCCCUUCCUACCUUAUAGAGGCUUGCAGCAAGAGACAUACGACACUGACGACAUUUUUUCCCUGUCUUUGGACUAGACCGAGAGAAAGAGAGAAGACGUCGACUCCCGCAUACAAAGAGCUGCAGCAUUUUUUUUCCGGAUGUGGUUUUUCUGCUCCUGUGGUAGAUGACUAUCUUCGUGCAUGGAUAGUAAUCCUAGGGAACAAGGCCGUGCACUGACCUGGUACUAGUUAGCCAAGGAAGCUAACUAGAUAGCUUUGCACCUGCUAGCAAUCAUUGGUUUAUGACGUUUUGUUGAAAUGCAGUUGCUAGAAUAAGCUUGCAAACUCGCUUUAUAUAUUUCGUGGGCUUUAUUUCUGUGCCUGCAAGCUGCAACCAAACGAAUUGUUUCUGUUUUAUGAAACGUGCCAUAUUAUUAUUAACCGGCGAGAUAAGCUAUGAGACCAGCUGGGGUUAACUUAGCACUCUUCAUUCAUUGUCAAAGCUGACUUUUUGGUAGCCUUUGUUUCAGUGUUUCGUGCUUGGACGCAUCCCUCGCGUUAAUGCAAUUGCAGAAGGUCUGUGCAAAAAGGGUUUUCGGUCGACGUAGGGAGGUACUUCUAUCUUUUUAAAGCUGGCCUUAUCUUUUGAAUGGAAAACAAAGGGGGUCAAAUGUGCAGUUGAACUCUGCAAAGGAAAUUACAGACCUCUUUUUGUUGUAUAAAAACCAACGAGGUAGCUCUGCCUAUUUUUCAAGCAGCAGAAAAGUCAGUAUUUAAUUUUUUUUUUUUUUUUACUUGAUUCAAGAUUAAAUAAAAGUAAGGCUUGUUUGUAAUAUUGCACUGAGUUUACAUUAAAGUGGUGCUCUUGUCGAGGACGAGUAGAACAAGGAGGAGGAAGCGCCCGUCUUUGAGGAGUUAACACACUUAUUCCUCAUGAACAUACAGAGGUCAAAUCCAAUUAACAUUUCACGUUAUGGGAGAUCACGACACAAAUCGCAUGAUUUUGAAGAAUUAUCUUGCUUGAGGACUACAGAGUCGCACCAGAGUUUCAGUCCCAACCUCGGGUCCCCCAGCCCGCCGGAGACCCCGGACUCCUCUCACUGUAUCUCCCGCAUCGGGGACUACCUUUUGUUGGAACCACUGGAGGGAGACCACGUUUUCAGAGCCGCCCACCUGCACAGCGGGGAAGAGCUCGUGUGUAAGGUGUUUGACAUUGGACGAUACCAGGAGUCACUGGCGGCCUACUUUGUCCUAGGCCAGCACCAACAUAUAAACCAAAUCCUGGAGAUCUUGCUUGGGGAGACCCGAGCCUACGUGUUCUUUGAGAGAAGCUAUGGGGACAUGCACUCUUUUGUCCGCACCUGCAAGAAGUUGCGGGAGGACGAAGCAGCCAGACUCUUCUAUCAGAUAGCCUCGGCUGUGGCACAUUGCCACGAUAACGGACUGGUCCUUCGUGACCUGAAACUGAGGAAGUUUGUCUUCAAGAACGAGGACAGAAGCCUUGUAAAGCUGGAGAGCCUCGAGGACACUUAUAUCCUGGACGGUCAUGAUGACUCGCUGUCAGACAAACAUGGCUGCCCUGCUUAUGUCAGUCCUGAGAUCCUCAAUGCCAACGGCAGCUAUUCGGGGAAGGCAGCUGAUGUCUGGAGCUUGGGCGUCAUGCUUUAUACAAUCCUCGUAGGGCGCUACCCUUUCCAUGACGUUGAGCCCGGCUCUCUGUUCAGUAAAAUCCGCAGGGGCCACUUCAACAUCCCUGAGACACUCACACCCAAGGCCAAGUGCCUGAUCCGCUCCAUCCUCCGCCGGGAACCUGCAGAGCGCCUCACCUCUCGGGAGAUUCUGGAGCACCCCUGGUUUGCCUCCUCCGGGGCACUAGGGGGAGCUGUAGUGCACGGCAGAGGAGAAAGAGAGCAGGAGCAGAUGGUGCCUGAGGUGAACAUGGAAGAAGAGCUGGAGCAAUUCUUCAGCUGAGCAAACAGCAAGCACAAACGAAAAGACUCCGCCACGGUCGGCUCACCUCGCUCACAGCAGAGCCAAAAACAGUAGUUUAGAGAUUAAUAGGUGAACAUUUGUCACUCAUAAUAAAGGUGUUUCCAUCCUGUUUCCUUUUCCACCAUUUCAUGGGAAACCUUGAGUCUGGCAUGACAAAUGGCACCUCUACGUCAUCUGGUGAGGCACCUCCAGUUCGUGGAAGUGCUGCCAGACAUGCAAGUUGCAAACAAUGUAGCAAUGUUCUUAUUUUUUUUUUCAAAAUCUGUUUUGGUUUAAUUGUGGUGCUCAUUAAAGUAGACACGUUCACCAUUUUUUGACACUAUGGAAAGCAUGAAGGGACAAUAAAAAGCAGAAAACCAAGGAGAACAAUUAAAAACGAACUGACACGUUGCAAAACAACACCUUUUUUUCUUUCAUUUUAUUUGUCCUAGCUUUAGGUGCUUACAAUUAAAACCACAGACCCAGUGUCAGAAAUAACAACCCCAGUUUUAAUGUUAAACAAACAAAAGGUGAUUCUGUCUGACCCGGGAUCCGUGGUGAAUAAAUAGAGCAGCUUUCUCUCUUUAUCAUCAACAUGGUUGACCUCGUCAUUGUUUCCUGUUUUUCCUCAUUGGUCUAUUUUUUUAAUUAUUAAUAAUAAUCUGACAUAGUCACUUAACUCCUUGUUAGCCUUGUUUUCAAUAGUUUGUAUGUUUCUGCAUCCGUUGUCUAACAUUUUUCACUUUUUUUCCCCACCCACACACUUAUGUUUCUGUGACUUUUAUAAACAAGUCAUUACUUCCAUUUCUUUAAAAGCUAUUCCACUCUGUUAUUACUGCUGCUUUGAAAUCACUCCCUUAACCUCAAUCUUAAACUGUUUUUCUUGGUAAGCCUCCAAACAUGGCGUCAUGCACUUGAUGUGUUAGGUGAAUGGACAAUUCCACCUUAAAAUUAGCUUCCUCUUAUUUAAAUUCAUUCUUCAGUUGUAGGAAGAACAACGUAACAUUUAUUUAAACUGUAACAGCUAUAUAUAUAUAUAAAUCUAAAAAUAUAUAUAAAUAAAUAUAUAUUUAAAACUACAUUGCAGGGUUUUCUUUAUUCAGAGAUUCCUUUUCGUGUAUGAUGUAGGCAAUAUCUUGACACAGGACAGGCACAAGAGGAACAUGUCUGUCUGAAGUUUUACUAUACACAAUAUCUUCUGUGCCAGUAUUCUGGUGCCCUGACAAGCCCCGUGCCACCCGGUCUCCCUCAUUUCCCUUUUUCAAAACUUGAUACGAGAUAUUCAGUGAUAGUAUUGCUUUGACAUGCUCACUCCAGGACCUCAUGUUAGUUUUCUACUGCCUGCAUAGGUUCUGUGAUACAAUCACGCUCGGAAUGGGUACCAGUGGACAUGUUAUGUCGUAUCUCAAUGUUACUUGAAUUUGUGUUUUUAAGUCUAGUCAUUGGCAUGUGCCCCAUGAAUGCUAUAGCCUGCCUAGCAGUGGGGGGGAGGAGGGUGCUUGUUUUUUAAGAAAAGUUAAAAACAUGAAAAUUCUCAAUUUGCUACUUUUCUGAUUGCUUUUCAUUAAAAAAAACAACUUUUGCUUUAUAUUGUUUUCGUAGACUGAGCUACCUUUUAUUUAAGUUGGUGCUAAUGUUUAGUCCUUUUUUGUUUCAUGGAGGGGGGUGGUGCAUGGUGGGAUAUCUGCCUCAGAUGUUCUGAUUGUAUUGUAACAGAUUCUGGUGUUUUGUCCAAAUUUAUUCAGUAAAUAAAUUGUGAACUGCUAUUUGA